UUAAGCGUAGACGUAAACGCAUUGGAUGACGUCUACUGGUUGGAAGAUUCUCGUUCCCGUCAACUCUUCGGUAAAGAUUUUGCAGCGUGGACAUCUGCCAGGCAGUCGUUACCAACAUCCAAGAAUUCUCUGGAGUCGUUAAAGGCUGAACUCUGGUCGAAAGUGGUCAAAGAUAGUCGACACCAGGACGCUUGGACAUGGGGCGGCAUGUUGGUGGUGUCGGUGUCAGUGGCGGGUCUGGUGACUCUCGCCGCCAUGACUCAACCCGCUCUGGCCCCUGAAGCAAGGCAUUCUUUACUCCAAUACGUCACAGGAAAAUAUCUGCUUCCUGCAAACUGCAAGGUGCAAUGGGAUUGGUCGGAACCCCAGCGCGUCGGUGGCACCAUGUGUUUCACCGUGCGCUUCUAUCAACGCAAUGGGCAGCCGUAUCCGAUCUGCGAUACAGAUCAGCUGUUCGUUGAGGUUACUGAAGGAACGAGGAAGGUGGCCACAUUAUGUGAAUUGGGAUCACCAACGGAUCCAGACAAUGCAAACGUCGCCAGAAUCAAAUUCAGUGUGAGAGCUGCGGGGCAAUAUCAAAUAUCUGUUAUGAUAGGCACGUGUCACAUUGCCGGUAGUCCUUUCCUACGCACUUUCUUGGCUGGACCAGCCGACGCGAGGCGUACCAGGCUGGUACGGCCUGCGGCGGCUGUUGUCUGUGCUGCUGGCGCUGCCACCAAGCUACACGUCGAACCUCGCGACGAACAUGGCAAUGCUUGCAACUUGGACGAUUCGGAAUCUAAUCCUGCGCAGGGCUAUGAGGUUGAAGUACGUGAUCUGUCUGGCGCCGAAAAUCCUCAAUUAUCAUCAUCAGCGACAAUACAUUACGAUUCCGUAAAUAGAAGAAUAACUCUAACUUUACUCUUUGAACAGACUGCAUGUUUGAAGUGUUGUGUGACCUACAAUGGUCAACAACUUAUUGCUGGAGAAUUCGAUGUAAUUGUUCUUAGUGGAAGCGACACCACAUUAGUGCACAAAACUGUAGCUUCCCGUAGACAUAACAUCUGCUACGAGGCGCGUCUGUUAGCCACAGGCGAUAUAACUUUGCCGAAGCCGAAACGAGUUCUUUGCUACGUCAGUCCCAAGCAGAUCACUCUCAAAGAGAUGUUCCUGAAAAUCAUUCCAAAAAGAUUGAUCACAUUCCGACUUUGUCCGUCCACAAAGUUUUCUUUCUUGCUCGAUGAGAACUUUCAUAUAGACGAUGGGUGCCAACCGAGAGUGCUUCUCUCAUCAAGGGAUCGAGAUGUUAUAGCAGCAACUUUCACGCACUUUCUUCUGAAAAACAUCGGUGGUUCGGAAACAUUUAAAGAUAAACAAGAUUUUUUCUAUCACGAGGUGCGAAAAGCACAUUCUAGACAUCACCACGAAAAAUUAGCUUUAAGAGUUUCGAGGACGAGGCUGUUGCAUAGUAGUAUGAAAGCUACUAAAGGAUUUAGUACUGCUGAUUGGUGUAGAAACUUUGAAGUUACAUUCCAAGGAGAGCAAGGAGUUGAUUGGGGCGGCGUAAGGCGCGAAUGGUUCGAACUAUUGUGUAGCGCGCUUUUUUCACCAGAAGGAGGUCUUUUUAGAACAUUCCAAGAUAAAGGCCAAGCUCUGGUGCAUCCUAAUGGUUCACAACAAAGACCACCUCAUCUGAAGCUAAAGCAUUUCGAAUUCGCUGGUCGAAUUGUCGGCAAAUGCUUGUACGAAAGUGCGUUGGGCGGCACAUAUAGGCAGUUGGUGAGAGGAAGAUUUUCUAGAUCAUUUUUAGCGCAACUUAUAGGACUUCGUGUACAUUAUAAGUACUUCGAACAAGACGAUCCUGAUUUGUACCUGAGCAAGAUCAAGUAUGUCCUUGAUACUGAUCUAGAAUCUCCUGACAGUUUGGAACUGUACUUUUCUGAGGAUCAAUACGAUUCCCAAACAGGCCAACUCCUGCGAACAGUCGAAUUAAUGCCCAAGGGCUGCCAGGUCAGGGUUACCAACUCGAAUAAAUUGAGGUAUCUGGACGCGCUUGCUCAACACAGGUUGGCCAAUAGUGUGAGGGAUGAAGUCGAUGCAUUUUUAAAAGGAUUGAAUGAUCUGAUACCAGAUAACUUGCUAAGCAUAUUCGAUGAGAACGAAUUAGAGCUAUUAUUAUGUGGUACUGGUGACUAUUCGGUGGCGGACUUUAGGGCGCAUCACAUUGCGAGUGGUGGGUCGCCAGAAUUUAGAAGAGUUCUAGGAUGGUUUUGGGCUGCAGUGGCCAAUUUCACAAGGACGGAAAUGGCUAGACUUCUGCAGUUUACGACAGGUUGCUCGCAACUUCCUCCCGGUGGUUUUCAGGAAUUAAAUCCAAGAUUUCAACUAACCGCCGCACCAACAUUUGGAAAUCUGCCUACUGCGCAUACUUGUUUCAACCAGCUUUGCUUGCCUGAUUAUGAAAGUUAUGAGCAUUUCGAACGAGCCUUGUUGUUGGCAAUAAGUGAAGGAGCAGAAGGAUUCGGUAUGAUCUAGAAAAUCUCAGGA